AUGUUCCGAAAGAAAAAGAAGAAACGCCCUGAGAUCUCGGCCCCACAGAACUUCCAGCACCGUGUCCACACCUCCUUCGACCCCAAAGAAGGCAAGUUUGUGGGCCUCCCGCCACAAUGGCAGAACAUCCUGGACACACUGCGGCGACCCAAGCCUGUGGUGGACCCUUCUCGCAUUACGAGGGUGCAGCUCCAGCCCAUGAAGACCGUGGUGCGGGGCAGCUCGGUGCCCAUGGAUGGUUACAUCUCAGGGCUGCUCAACGACAUCCAGAAGUUGUCGGUCAUCAGCUCCAACACCCUGCGUGGCCGCAGCCCCACCAGCCGGCGGCGGGCACAGUCCCUGGGGCUGCUGGGGGACGAGCACUGGGCCACGGACCCGGACAUGUACCUGCAGAGCCCCCAGUCUGAGCGCACUGACCCCCAUGGCCUCUACCUCAGCUGCAAUGGGGGCAUACCAGCAGGCCGUAGGCAGAUGCCGUGGCCAGAGCCACAGAGCCCAAGGGUCCUCCCCAAUGGGCUGGCCACCAAGGCACAGUCGCUAGGCCCCACGGAGUUCCAGGGCGCCACGCAGCGCUGCCUGCAGCUGGGCACCUGCCUGCAGAGCUCCCCACCCGGCUCCUCGCCCCCCGCAGCCUCCAGGAGGCGUGGGACCAAGGCUGCCAGGCAUGGUUCCGAGGAGACCCGGCCACAGUCCUGCCUGGUGGGCUCGGCGACAGGCAGGCCGGGCGGGGAGGGCAGCCCCAGCCCUAAGACCCAGGAGAACAGCCUCAAACGCAGGCUGUUCCGAAGCAUGUUCCUGUCUACUCCUGCCACAGCCCCUGCAAGUGGCAGCAAGCCGGGCCCUCCCUCCCAGAGCAAGCCUAACUCCUCUUUCCGACCACCGCAAAAAGACCCCCCACCAAGCCUGGUGGCCAAGGCCCAGUCCUUGCCCUCGGACCAGCCCAUGGGGACCUUCAGCCCUCUGACCACCUCGGAUACCAGCAGCCCCCAGAGGUCCCUCCGCACAGCGCCCGCUGCCGGCCCACCCCCAGGCCGGUCCUCCCCCGCAGGCUCCCCACGCACCAGGCAAGCCCAGAUUAGCACCAGCAACCUGUACCUGCCCCAGGACCCUGCGGUGGCCAAGGGCGCCCUGGCUGGCGAGGACACAGGUGUUGUGACACAUGAGCAAUUCAAGGCUGCACUCAGGAUGGUGGUGGACCAGGGUGACCCCCGGAUGCUGCUGGACAGCUACGUAAAGAUCGGCGAGGGCUCCACAGGCAUCGUCUGUCUGGCCCGGGAGAAGCACUCAGGCCGCCAGGUGGCCGUCAAGAUGAUGGACCUCAGGAAGCAGCAGCGCAGGGAGCUGCUCUUUAAUGAGGUGGUGAUCAUGCGAGACUACCAGCACCUCAACGUGGUGGAGAUGUACAAGAGCUACCUGGUGGGCGAGGAGCUGUGGGUGCUUAUGGAGUUCCUACAGGGCGGGGCCCUCACGGACAUCGUCUCCCAAGUCAGGCUGAACGAGGAGCAGAUCGCCACUGUGUGCGAGGCCGUGCUGCAGGCCCUGGCUUACCUGCAUGCCCAGGGUGUCAUCCACCGGGACAUCAAGAGUGACUCCAUCCUCCUGACCCUCGAUGGCAGGGUGAAACUCUCGGACUUCGGAUUCUGUGCUCAGAUCAGCAAAGAUGUCCCUAAGAGGAAGUCCCUGGUAGGAACCCCCUACUGGAUGGCUCCUGAAGUGAUCUCUAGGUCUCUGUAUGCGACUGAGGUGGAUAUCUGGUCCCUGGGCAUCAUGGUGAUUGAGAUGGUGGACGGGGAGCCACCCUACUUCAGUGACUCCCCAGUGCAGGCCAUGAAGAGACUCCGGGACAGCCCCCCACCCAGGCUGAAAAACUCUCACAAGGUCUCCCCAGUGCUUCGAGAUUUCCUGGAACGGAUGCUGGUGCGGGACCCGCAGGAGAGAGCCACGGCUCAGGAGCUCCUGGACCACCCUUUCCUGCUGCAGACAGGGCUGCCCGAGUGCCUGGUGCCCCUGAUCCAGCUCUACCGCAAGCAGACCUCCACCUGCUGA